AUGUCUGAAGAAAUCAAGUCAGUCACACGCUUCCUUAAGGAAUCACCACCUGGUGAGUACGAGGAUGUCGUUGCCGCCCUCAAGGGAUUUGUUGAGAAUACUGAAAUUAUCGACGAAGGCAUCAAAGCGACAAAGGAAGAUUGGUUAAUUCACAACUGCUCAACAAUCGAGAUUGAUGAUCACAAGGCUAUCCUUUGCGAGGAAGCUCGUAGAGGCAAAAAUAAAUUCAUUGAUCCAGUUACCAACAAAGUUUUCACUUACGAUUUUGAAAACCAAACCAUCGUUACACCAGAGCCUCAACCAGCAGCUAAAGGCGAAGAGCCACAGCCAGUUGAAGAAGAGACACUCGAAUCAUCUUCAUUAAGAGAGGCUAUCCAGCCACUUGCACUUGCAUUUGCCAAGUCAACAGUCCACAACGGCACAUGCGGCACAUACGAUAGCAAGAACGGCGUAAAGAUUGUCGUCCGCGCAUCAACAAUCAACAAGGCAAACUUCAGAACUGGCAUUAUUUUAAUGCACUUCACAUGCGCCGAAGGAAACCUCAAGGGAUCUAUCGAGCUUAAGGGCCACUUCUACGAAAAGGGUAACUGCAUCGGUACACAGGUCUCAGAAUUCGAAGAUACAUACCAAGGCGAUGAUGAUGGCGCAAAGGCCGAAGAUAUUGUUAAGAAAUUAUCCAAGUUCUUCAUCAAGUGGAAUAACGCACUUACCCAAGGAUUUGAGCUUCUCAACUCUGAAGGUCUUAACAAACUCAGAAGGAGACUUCCAAUUAACGCCCAGAAGAUCAACUGGCAACAGGAGCUCCGCGGACUUGGCGCAAUGCAAAAGUAA